AUGAACGCCAAUAAGAAAUGUGGAAGGCUGGCGAAAAUUCUCCCAUUUGGAAGAGUGUAAAGCACUUAGUAGAAGACAUAGAAGGAUUAUAAAAUCGUAUUAAUAAUUUAAAUAUAGAAAGUAAAGGAUAAAUCUCACCUGAAGAAAUUAAAAUAGCUAAAAUUGGUUAAGAAGGUCAAGGAAAAACUCUCACAAACGCUAAAAGAAAUAAUUGAAAAUAAAUAAUUACUUAGCCACAUAUAUAAUUCAAUAGAAUUAAAUAAAUAUAAUAAAUAAAUAAAUAAAUAAAUCAAUAAAACGAUAUAAAUAAACAAAUUGGACUAUUCAAUAUAAAAUAUUUACAAUAAAAUAAACUAUAGUUAUUCAUUUACUUUUUUAUUCACUAAUUCUAUAAAAUUACUCUCGUUCUUUCAAACUUUACCAAUUAGUACAUUCUUAAUUAUUUAACUAACUCUAGCUAUCUAUCUAUCUCAUGUCGAAAUUUGUAUGUUUGCUACUUACUAGUUUGUUAAUCAAAAUAAUAUCUAGGUUAACUAAAUCCUAAAGCCAAGCAACUUAGUUAGCUAAUUUGUUAAAAUUUUUCUUCUAAUAGUGAAAAGAGCAAUCAAUAAAAUAAAUGCAUCUAGCAAAUAGGGUAAGAAACAAAUAAAUAGCAAGAUUAACUAAAGAAAGAAAUGA